AUGUAGUCCAAUCCUAUUGUACAAAAUGUGGGCUAUAUCUUAUAGGAGCAGCGGAUGGGAUCGGGGCUGUCAUCAAGCGGACGGCCGACGGAUUCGUUCUCAGAGGAGGGGAUAUCACUGGCGCUAAGGACCUACAAAAGACCCUGGAAGAAACUGGAUCAAAGGUGAAGGUUGUGAUCAUCAACGAGAAGGACGUAGAGGAUGUCAAAGAAGAACUUCCGUUGUCACUCAAGCCUCUCCCGCGUACCAUGCAGAUACACCAGAUUCUUGUGAUCAGUCCAGGGUCCUUAAGACACCGCCCGGUAUCCUGCUUUUGUGGGAAGCCAGACUUCUGUGAUUGUUUUGCACCAGAGACAGCGUCAUUCUCCGUUCAGACCGAGGAUGAUUCUGAACCGGAAGGCGCCCCACACAUUGCAGCACCUGAACAGGAGUCGGGCAAGUUACAAAAGGUUCAAGAUGUGAACGAGAGUUUAGUUUCGCGCUACUGUGUGGUUAAGUACGAUGGCAAUGCUUUUCCAGGCAUCGUUCUGGCAGUCGAUGAUGAUGAGCUGGAAGUGAAAGUCAUGCACAGGGUCGGCCGAAACAGAUUUUUCUGGCCAAGUUUAGAAGACACUUUGUGGUAUGCUAAAAAGGAUAUCAUCACACUUUUGGUUGACCCACCAAAACCAGUCACGUCCAGGCACGUACAAGUUGAUCCGACUAUUUGGAUCGAGAUUGAAAAAGAGGAGGAAUGA